AUGAUGAAGAUGACGGAGGUUUUCUUGAACCUCCAGGUGCUGAGUUUCUCACAAUCAGACGGUGACGACGAUGCGUCUAUACCCGACAUCGAACCGGGGAUCGACAUUCCGGACGAUGAGACUAUACCCGACAAUGAUGAUAUCGAACCGGGUAUGGACAUUCCGGACGAUGAGACUGAACCGGGAAACACCGUGAGACCUAGACCUUACCCGCAAGACGAUGAUGACAUCCAAGAACCUCCCGCGAGCAAACCGAAACCCAAUCCUGAUGGUGAGGAAGACGAUGAUCCGCUUCAAUGGUUGGAGGAGGAGACUGACGAGGAAGAUGAUAUUGACGAGGAUGAUGGUAUACUUGAUGAUCCACUUCCUGUCGAACCUGUUAGCCCCGAACCUGAACCCAGUUUGGAUCCAGUCCAACCUGAUCCACUCCAACCUGAACCUUUACCUCCUGCAAGUCCUGAUCCUCCGACUCCUAACGAACGUCUCAAAGAUCUGAUUAAUAAAUACAGGGAGGGUCCUGGUGACUAUAUUUGGACUAAUAAUAUAGUCUGUGUCAGGAAAGGUCCGGACGGAAAAGAGUACGAAGUCAGACCUUCUGGUGUCUUCCAGAGCUUACCUCCAUUGAACUCUAGUGGGAAACUGGAUAACGCCGCUCAACAUCUUGCUGACCACAACAAUGCUCAUGGUGUCACAUCUCACGAAGAUGGUCAAUACCAGAAUGACGCGGACUGUGACAUGGGAGAUCCUACCACAUGGCGCAAAUGCAAUGCACAUAUAAAACGGGCUCAGGCGUUUGGGUACAAUUCUACGUAUGUUGUCGAGAAUGCUACAGGGAUUCUACCUGACGAGGGCCCUGAAGAUGCACUCAAUAGGUGGAUCUGUUCGGAUUUCCACAACCAAAAUCUCCUCAACCCCGAAACGACUGAAAUUGGGAUUGGAUGGACUGAUGACCAGAUUGUCUUCGUUGGUGGAAAGUGUAGUGAAGUUUGCACUCUUAAUAGGAGUGGUGGAACAUCUUGCUUCUGUAGGGCUGGAGCACCGGAGAGACAGGAUAAUAACGAGGACUCAGAACGGACUCUUCUUAACUUAGUUGAUUCCUUCAGGAAAGAUAAUCUGCUGUUGAUGUUCCAACGGGAAAACGAAGAACUGAAGGCUGCGGCGACACAUCUUGCUGCUCAUAACUAUUUGAAUUCUACCCUUUCACAGGAAGAUCAAGAUUAUAACGGUCCUGACGCACACAAGGAAAGGGUUAAGGAUUACAAAUACAAUUGGCCUUCAGGGAGUUCUGAUGUCAUGCAACUUAUUGGUCAAGUUAGAUCUGACCUAUCCGGUAAUGACGUCAUAAACGUAUUUGAAACAUGGAUUACGAAUCCAGAAGUGAGGGAUAGGUUGCUUUACCCUUUGCUUGACGACAUAGGGAUUGCAUGGAUUGGGGAUAUGGUCGUCCUUAUUGCCGCAAACGACCCUAGCAUUUCCAAUGAUGAUCUCAUUUCGGAGAUGCAACACGAGUACGAAUCGGAUCCUAUCGGUUUUUGUUCCAGGUACAACUGCCUGCAAUACACCGGAGUCUGUGUCUGA